CCACCACAACCACCAUAACUCGACUGACCACGGGGACAGCGAAUGGCGCGGAAUAUCCACCUAUUGGGAUAUAGGCCAAACUAUAGAACGAAGGCUGUCAGCACGAUACCCCUCUCUCUCCUGACCGAAGAGUUGUUUCCAGACAUUCAAUAGGAACCCCUCUUCCAGAUAACAUACGCGAAGAGAAUAUUCUAUUUCAAGAGACGGUGGCCCCGUCUACGGUGAAAAACAUCGACAUACUUCCUUGAAAUGGGGGGAAGAUUACCCUAGAUAUCGGUCUAAAGACGUUUAAACAAUCCCCGCGCUAGCCAAGGAUUUGCGAGCUGAUGGUUUAUCUCUGAGUAUAAUCAUAUAUUACUUUGAGAUAUAUUUGGCCAGCUGGGUUGUUUGAUAGUUUUUUUUUUCUUACUAGCAACAAAUCCUGCGUGCUUGCCUUUCCAAGGCCAUGGAUCCUACGUUAGACGGGAGAUAUACAAGCUUCCCUGCGCUUGACUAUGGCCAGGAAGAGGUACCAAGCAGCAUAGCUAUCUCCUGGAACGUUGGAAACUGCCAAUUGGCAGUGGAUGUGCUUAUUCUUUCAUGGGCUUCCCUGCUUAAGUCCGUGACUGGCCAUGAAUGCCCAACGUUUUGUUUGGAUGGCCAAUCAAUAAAGGCAGAUCUGGAUGCAGGAACCUUCCAAACUGUCCACCUAGAUAGAUGGGUACAAGGCGAGCGGAGUUAUACAGGGAUAUUUACUACGAAUUUAUCGUUACCCCCGUCCGGCUGCAAUCUGGUAGUGACAUACGACCCCAAGCAAUCCGGUGGGCGUGUCAUAUCGACAAGAUGCACGAGUACCCGUUAUCUAACCCAGAUUAGUCGACAACUGACAUCAAUUAUUCGUAAACGUCUCAACUCUAAACUAGAAGAUUCGCAAUCCGCUGAUGACAACCCUGAGCUUUCCAUCUUGAAUCCGACACCCGAGCUUAUUUCCGGACCGCAGCUUCUUCAUGAUCUUGUCCGAUCCGAAGGACAUGGAAGUAACUCGGCGAUAGACUUCCUCAACGCUGAUAAGACAAAGAGCAAUCUGUCAUUCGAAUUGCUUCAUCUCCAUUCAACUGCGUUGUCCUUACGUCUGGCAGAUAUUCUGAAAUCCCUCCCUGACCCACGCAAGCGAAACCCAGUAAUUCCAGUACUUAUACCCCAAUCCGUCGAUCUCUAUAUAGCCUGGUUGGCUAUAUUGAAAGUGGGGGCUGCAGUAUGCCCACUCAGCCUGGACGCCCCUCCAGAGCGAGUCAACUUUAUCGCGAAUGAUGUUUGCGCAGACAUCAUAGUUACUACACGACCAUUGGCUGGUAGAUUGACACAUCUUAACAAACCUAUCCGUAUCAUCAUAUCGGAAGAUACUGAUAUCAACACGGCCGAAAUCGAAAAGUUCCAACCUCCUAAAAUACUGACCGAUGACGUUGCAUAUCUGGAAUACACGUCUGGCUCCACAGGUCUUCCUAAAGGCGUUGCUGUUUCACAUCGUGCUGCUACACAAUCACUACUCGCGCAUGACAAAUGGAUUCCGCCCUUCAGAAGAUUCUUACAGUUUGCCUCCCCAUCCUUUGACGUGUCCAUAUUUGAGAUCUUCUUUCCCUGGUUUCGUGGCGCGACGCUUGUUGGUUGCGAUCGGAAUUUAAUGCUAGGCGAUCUGCCGCGAAUUAUAACGGAACUAGAUGUGGAUGCAGCCGAGCUCACCCCAACCGUCGCCGGGGAAUUACUCCAGAAAAGAUCCGCUGUUCCAUGUCUAAAGGUACUAUUAACGAUCGGAGAGAUGCUAACCAGGCAUGUGGUUGAUGAAUUCGGGUCCUCAGCCGAUAAUGACGGCAUUCUUUAUGCGAUGUAUGGCCCAACGGAAGCCGCGAUUCAUUGCACUCUUGCUCCAAGGAUCUUAGCUGAAUCGCGGGUUGGAAAUAUUGGUGUUCCACUCCAGACAGUGUCCUCUUUCAUUAUUUCCCCGGAGUCUCCUGGUUACCAUUCUAGAGAUGAACUUCAUAUUCUUCCGGUUGGCCAUAUUGGCGAGCUUGCGGUUGGUGGUCCUCAGCUUGCAGAAGGUUAUAUAAAUCGUGAUGAGGAAACUAAGAAGGCCUUUUUGGUGACCGAAAAGUAUGGGAGGAUAUACCGCACUGGUGACAUGGCCCGUUUGAAUCCAUCUGGAGAAUUGGAGUGCCUAGGAAGAAUCACGACCGGCCAAGUGAAACUUAGGGGACAACGCGUUGAGCUUGGAGAAAUCGAACGGAUCAUCUGCAGAGUUCCUGGCAUUCGAAGUGUUGUGGUUGGUAUAUUGGAAAGUAUUUUGGUCGCUUUUGUGUCUGUCAACGAGUCCUUUCCAGGGGUAAAUGAAAUACACCAGAUGUGUCGCAAGUGGUUGCCCAAAUUUAUGGUACCUGGCGAUGUCGAACUCCUAGAUCACCUCCCCAGGCUUGCGUCGGGGAAAGUCGAUAGGACAGCUCUGGAAAGCGACUAUUUUGAGCGGAGAAACUCGCAACGCACCAACUCCAAGGUGUUCGAUAGUGAAGUUCAGAAAAAAGUAGCGUCAUGUGUCGAAGAUAUUUUAAAUUUAAGCAUCAGCAAAUCAGAUAGCCUAGCUCAAGCCGGCCUUGACUCUCUUAAAGCAAUUAAACUAACGUCUGUUUUGCGAAAUGCCCGCAUAAACAUCGACGUGUUGGGAGUUCUAGAAGCCGACUCUAUUCAAGGGAUAGGGGCCCUGUUUCGCGGAUCCAAUGCUAAAUCUCUAGCGACAAGCUCGGGGAAAUUCGAGUCAAGUGACUGGAAAGUCGUUAUGGAUGCAACUUUCGAUGACCUCAAGUUAAAGGGAUAUUUCGCAGAUUUUGUGGAAGUGAUUCCCUGCAGCCCUGUGCAAAUGGCCAUUCUCUCCGAAAGCAUGCGCGAUCCGAAAGCAUAUAUGAAUUGGAUCGAAUUGCAAUUCCAAGAAGGCAUCCGGAUAAUUGAUAUUAAAAACGCCUUCCAGGAGAUCGGAUUGCAGAACGAGAUACUUAGGUCUGGCUUUAUCCCCACUGGUUACCCUAGCCAUCCCAACGUCCAAGUGAUCUGGAAUAAAUUGGAGGAAGAUCAGGUACAGGAAGUAUCAGAAUUGAGGCACCACUUCACUUUCAACAUGGAAUCUCCCUUAAUGCGUCCAUUUCACGUUGAUCUCGCAGAGAUCGAUGGUCAAGUCCGCGCGCUCGUUCAUAUCCAUCAUGCCCUGUACGAUGGAUGGUCCUGGGAUCACAUUCUCAGUGAUAUUGGGACCCUUUUAUCUUCGCUGACGUUAAAGCCGCGGCCACAAUAUCGGUUACUUACUGACUACCAUUUAAACCAUAUCAGCGCGGAAGAUCGAGAGAAUGCCAUCAACUACUGGCAAGGGCAAAUGGAAAGCAUCAAGCCGAGUUCCUGGCCAAAUUUCCAGGAUACAUCCGACAUCCCCAUCGGCCUUAGAACCGUCGAACGACUCCUAGAGAUAAAGGUGAGGGACCUUGACACUGCAGUGCAAAACCUUCGAGUUAGCCGCCAGACAAUAUUCCAAGCUGCCUUCGGUUAUAUUCUUAGCGCGUACAUCGGGGAGCCUGAUAUCGUUUUUGGUUCUGUCGCUUCUGGUCGCACGCUUCCUAUAGCCGAUAUUGAAGACAUUAUUGGGCCUUGUAUGGCAACAAACCCUCUAAGGAUUAACUUGGACCAGUUGCGCACCGUACGCGACCUCAUUGGGGCAAUUCACAACCUAAAUCGGAAUUCCCUGAAACAUGGGUUCUUACCGUUGAUUGAUAUUAAACAAGCUGCUGGAAUUGACCCUGGCAUUGCUUUAUUCGAUAGUGCAUUCGUUUGGCAAGAAACCUUAAGUGGGGAACACCCCAAUUCCGAAUUGGUUCGGGAAGUUCAAGCCAGGGAUUUCUUAGAAUUCAACAUGACACUUGAACUGGAAGUUAAAGGAGAAUAUGUGUCUGCGCGGGCCAAUUUCCAACAAUCGAUACUUCCGGACAGCCAGGUUGAUAUAUUUCUUCUCCAGGUGGAGCAGCUUGCAUCAAUCUUUAUCGGCUCUCCGGAGAUUCUCUUGCGAGAUGUUAACGGCCACCUACCUAGUUCUACUUUAUCCAUCGAGAACGCUGAUUAUAUGAAACAGACAGACUUGCCAGGCCUAGCAGAUGGGGUAGAAGGAUUGGCGAAGUCGGAACCAGAAAGAGUGGCUAUCGAAUUCCUGGACGCGUUUGACCCCUCUUUGGGCACAACAAGCAUAACGAGACUGACCUUUGGUGGCAUGGAUGUUCGCUCGAACCAACUGGCAAAUUACCUACUAUCCUGUGGACUGUUACCGAAUAAUCUCGUUUCUAUAUUCCUGGAAAAAUCCAUCGACCUUUAUAUUUCCAUCCUAGCCGUUAUCAAAGCCGGUUGUGGUUACGUUCCAAUAACUGCACAGACGCCAGUGAACCGCGUUAACACAAUUAUAGAAGAGGCAAAAUGUUCGAUUUGCAUAACUGAUUCACCUUUGUCACUCAAAUUAGGAGAACGGCAGGACACAAAACUCAUCGCUAUCGAUUCCAUCAGACUUGAUGACUUUCCAGCUACGCGCCCCGAAGUGCCCGUUUCAGAUUCGUCAGUGGCCUAUUGUACUUUUACCUCAGGGAGCACAGGAAAGCCGAAGGGGGUCCUUAUUACGCAUCGUAAUUUGCAAAGCAAUAUAGCUAUGCUAUCAGAAAUAUACCCAAACCCACCCGGAUCGAAAUUACUCCAAUCAUGCUCCCACGCUUUUGAUGUUUCUGUGUUUGAGAUAUUUUAUUCGUUGACCAGGGGCUUGACUUUGUGCUCUGCAAUCAACGAUGUGCUAUUCCGAGAUAUGGAACAGGCCAUUCGGGCCAUGGAUGUUACCCACCUUAGCCUCACCCCAACUGUCGCAGCACUGCUUAACCCUGACAAUAUUCCAAAAGUCAAAUUCUUAGUUACUGCUGGAGAGGCAAUUACUGAGAAGGUCUUUAAGUCGUGGGCUAGCCGUGGCGUUUACCAAGGUUACGGCCCGAGUGAGACCACCAACAUUUGCACUGUUCGUCCUAAUCUCCAGCCAACCGAUUUUAUAAACAAUAUUGGACCGCCGUUCAAAAACACCUCCGCCUUCGUGAUUUCUGAAGAGAAAGAUUUUCAAUUGCUCCCUAGAGGUGCUGUUGGUGAAUUUUGCUUCGGUGGCGAUCAAGUCGGGUCCGGGUAUCUUAAUAUGCCAGAUCUCACAAGGAGUAAAUUUAUUGAACAUCCUCAAUACGGAAAAGUAUACAGAUCUGGUGAUUUUGGACGCAUGCUUCCUGACGGAUCACUAUCAUUUACAGGCCGCAGAGACGAUCAAGUUAAGUUACGGGGUCAACGCAUCGAGUUGGGUGAAAUUAAUCGUGUCCUGUUAGAGGAUCGGGAAGUUGACGACUGCACAACAUUCAUUAUUGCGGAUACUCUAAAUCAACAGCAGCAGUUAAUCUGCUUCUGGGUGCCGGCAGCGCACCCUGGCGAGAAGUGUGCAGCUCUCAAGGAUCGGUCUAAAAUUCUCAAACUAUUUGAUCACAUUAGUACCAGACUUCCAGAGUACAUGAUUCCGUCCAUGCUCAUCCCGAUCCGAGCUGUACCGAUGACGACGUCUGGAAAAAUUGAUAAAACAGAGCUUCUAAAGCAUUUCCGGACAUUAGAUCCAGAGACCUUACACUUGUCCUCCUCCGUGACAGAAGCCUUCAGUGAUAAACGCAAAUUCUCAGACGCCGAGACAAGAAUCGCGGAAGCUGUGGCUAAAGUUACUUUGACACCACAGACAGAUAUCGCCCUUCACACUUCGUUCUACAGCCUAGGCUUAAAUUCAAUCUCAGCAAUAUCUCUGUCAAAACAUCUUCAACUAAGUGGCUUGGGACGGAUAGAUGUUUCGGUAAUUAUGAGAUAUAACACCGUGUAUCGCCUGUCCAGGAUUAUUGGGGAGAGCGUUCAGCUAGCCAAGAAAAAAAGCUUGCCAAAUGUUCGGGCAUUAUUCUCUGACGUAUUUGUGGGUCAAAUUAGAAAGAAGGUCGAAAGUUUCGGCUGCCAGAUUCGAAAGAUAUUGCCGUGCACACCCUUACAAGAAGCGAUGCUCAUGCAAACAAGCAGUGAAAACUCCACGGCUUACUACAAUCAUCUCCUUUUCGAGGUUAAGGAUGUUAAAAAAUUAAGGGAUGCGUGGGACUCGAUGGUCCGGAGGCACGACAUUCUUCGCUCCUAUUUCGCUUCCACAGACCAUUCUCGGUUUACUUUUGCGCAGAUUGUUUUGGAUUCGAUAGAUCCGCCCUGGAAUGAAAUCAGCACGAAAAUUAAGGGACUCGAUGACCAAAUCGAAGAGCAAAAACGUAGACUCAUACAAGGCGAAGGAAAUAUCCUGCCAUAUUCAUUGACGGUGCUUCGAAUCGCUGAAAGCGGAAACUACCUAUUUCUGUUCCUAAUACACCAUGCGCUAUACGACGGCGAAGCUAUGGCGCAGCUUCUGGAACAAAUCGAGCUCGUUAUGUCUGGGGCUAGCUUGCCCUCCAUCGUUCCUUUUGAUCUAUAUCUUGAGCAGAUGGUAGGAAUGGAUAUAGAAGAAACUGACCGAUUCUGGCGGCCACUUCUCUCGAAUUUUUCUCCGUCUCACCUCCUUGAUCCACGCCAUCGCCCAACUCGCAGUAGGUCAAGGGUAUUUCGCACGGUCGAGAGUAAUUUUGAUACCCCUCUUAAUAAAGUUAUGGAAAUUUGCAGAGGAGUCUCGGUAACUCUUCUCACUGCCGUUCAAGCGGCAUGGUCGAAACUGCUAUUAUCAUAUACCCAAAAGCCUGAUAUCUGUUUUGGAAACGUGUUUAGUUGCCGGAGCAUCCCUGUGGAUGGGGCGGAGCGCAUCGUCGGCCCGUGCUUCAAUACACUUCCCAUACGAAUUAAAGUGAACUCGAAUACAGUGAACGUAGAUCUUGCUAGGAAUCUGCAACAAUAUAAUGCAUCGGUUAUACCCUAUCAAUUAACAUCUCUUCGCCGCCUACAAUCAACAUUCAGUCACAACAAUUCUCAACUGUUCGAUACGAUAGUUCUUUUACAAAAGAGCCCUCGCCCUUUGAAUGAUAAAAUAUGGAAACUGGUUGAAGAAAAGGGAGACAUGGACUUCCCCCUUGUCUGUGAAAUUGUUCCUAAUAACGAACUUGACACUUUGAGGAUAAUUCUUUAUUACGAUGACGCCCAAUUCUGUUUAGAAGAUAUGAAUGUUAUCCUUCGCGGUUUCACAGCAGCCCUUCAAAAUAUGCUCCUCUACCCGUCAGGUAGAGCUCUGGAUUCAAGUAUUCUUCGUCCUGGCCUUCCGUCCUUCGUACAUGAAUUACGCCAACGCCUAACACGGGCCGAAAAAGAGAUUGAGAGGCCAGGCUCUGUCGAGGAUGAGGAACACCGUUUAAGCUAUGAUGCAGAGUCUCCCCAGAUCCGACAAGUCCAGGAGGUGCUAUCGAGUUUGUCGAAUAUCGAACACAAACACAUUAAACACCACACCACCAUAUUCCAAUUGGGACUCGAUAGUAUAAAUGCUGUGCAGAUAUCUGCUCGAUUGAAAGUUCUUGGAUAUGAUAUAACUGUGAACGACGUUCUUGAGAAUCCUUCCGUGGGCGAGCUUGCUUCCCUUUUUGCGCGACAGAAGGAUAUUAGCGAUGAUAAUCUUCUAUCAUUUGACUUCAAGUCUUUUCAAACUCGCCAUUGGUCGACUGUUUCCCAGCAAAUAGGCGUACCAGAAAAAUGCGUAGAGUCAAUUCGUCCAUGUACUCCUGUACAAUCCGGAAUGUUGGCUCUGUUUAUACAGUCCGAGGGCGACCUGUAUUUUAAUCAUUUAAUCCUGGAAUCAACCAUUCCCAUUGAUUCACAGACGCUCAAGGCAGCAUGGACUACGUUAACAGAGAUUCAUGAAAUACUUAGGGCAGGUUUUACUCACGUUAAUGAUGAAGAGGUUCCCUUCGCAAUGAUCACUUACCGAAGCGGGGCAUUUGAGCUUCCAUGGACUGAAGUAGAGGACCUCACGGUUAAGGGGCGUCAAAAAUCGUCGGACAGAGAGCGAAUCUUGAAGAAUGCAUUCUCACAUCUUCAUCGGCCGCCGUGGCAUGUAUCGGUACAACAAUGUCAAUUGAAUGUAUUAUUACAGUUCUCGGCUCUUCACUCCUUGUACGAUGGCCAGUCCCUAAAUUUGCUUGUUUCGGAUCUUUCCAAAUUACUCAAGGGGGAGCUACUAGCUCCAGUGAUUCCGAUUUUACCAGUUCAGGAUUAUAUUAUUUCUGCAAGUAACAAGGCCCAUAAAGACUUGGAAUGUGAAACCUUCUGGAAAGAAUUUGGCAAGGACCUCUGUAUCACAAAGUUCCCUGACUUAAACCCACUGCAUGAAGAAAAGGAGGUGCAUGUGUUGGUUAAGCCGUGCUCGAAAACCCUCCAGUCCUUACAAGAGGGUUGCAGAGCUGCUGGUGUCACUCUUCAAGCUGCUGGACAAGCUGCUUGGGCUCGAAUAUUGGCAUCCUACACUGGGGAGAGCAGAGUUACGUUUGGCCUUGUGUUAUCUGGACGAAAUACCUCCGAAGAAGCCCAGAGAGCUGUGUUUCCGUGCCUAACAACCGUUCCAUCAUCGUACAAUAUCGAUGGUACUAAUAGAGACCUACUAGAGCGUGUGAUGGAGCUGGAUGCAUCAUUGGUAAAAUAUCAGUUUACCCCAUUGUCAAAGAUUUACCAGUUGGUAGGAUCUGGAUCAUCGCUCUUCGAUUCGAUAUUUGUGUUUCAAAAAUACUCGUCGACAGCUGAGAACAAUAUCUGGAAAAUUUACGAUGAAGAUGCCAGAACUAAUUACCCAAUCUCAGUCGAACUAAUACUUAGAGGUGGGAGGCUUGAAUUUCAGCUCACAUUUGAGACCGAUAUUUUACCAGAACGUCAAGCUGAAAUUCUCUUGAGACAGCUUGAUUGUCUUUUGAUUCAUACUCUUUUCUCUCUCGAUUCAGCCUGUACUCACCUUCCAAGCGGUGAGAGCAAGGAUCUCCUAUCAGCCAUCGCAGCGAAGGAGUCCAGAAUUCCGUCCCCCAUUAAGCUGGUGCAUCAAUUUGUUGAAGUACAAGCUCUAGAAUCUCCUUCAAAAAUAGCUCUUGAGUUCGCAUCCAAAAUUCGUGGGACGAAAGGACUUGUCAAGCGAAUAUGGACAUACAAGGAGUUCAACGACAUCAGCAAUCGAUACGCUAGGUUACUACAAAGGAACGGCGCGUCCCCAGGAAAUUUCAUCGGGAUUUGUUUCGAUAAAUGCCCCGAGGCAUAUUUUGCGAUAUUGGCCAUACUGAAAAUUGGCUGCGCGUAUGUUGCUCUCGAUCCUGGGGCUCCAGAGGCGCGGAAAAAGUUCAUUUUGGACGAUUCAGGCGCAAAACUAUUACUUUCCACGACAGAGAAGGAAAAUGAACUGAAAGGUUUACCUGUUUUAUUUUUGGAUCGCCUGGGGAUAUUGGACGGGAUUCGAUCUCAGCCUCCAGUUUUAGAAGAGGAGAUACAAGCAGAGGACUGCUGCUACUGCCUAUACACGUCCGGAACGACGGGCACUCCGAAGGGUUGCGAAAUAACGCAUGACAACGUUAUACAGGCAAUGCUCGCUUUCCAAAGACUAUUCGACGGCCACUGGGAUGAGACAUCUCGGUGGUUGCAAUUUGCAGCGUUCCAUUUUGAUGUCAGCGUUUUAGAACAGUACUGGAGUUGGAGCGUUGGAAUAUGCGUAACAUCAUGUCCCAGAGACACUUUGUUUGCAGACAUGGCCGGCACUAUUCGGGAACUUGAGAUCACGCAUAUUGACUUGACACCCAGUUUGGCACGCUUGCUUGACCCAGACGAGGUUCCCUCACUCCGUCGGGGCGUUUUUAUCACUGGCGGAGAGCAGCUUAAACAAGAAAUUCUCGAAGCUUGGGGUGAAUACGGUGUGAUAUACAAUGGAUAUGGGCCAACGGAGGUAACUAUCGGCUGCACGAUGCUCCCUCGAGUGCCGCAAAAUGGCAAGCCGUCAAAUAUUGGUCCACAAUUCGACAAUGUCGGCAGCAUUGUGUGCAAGCCAGGAACCACGAUACCAGUUCUACGGGGCGGAGUAGGGGAGCUCUGCGUAUCAGGAGGCCUUGUUGGGCGAGGCUACCUUAACCGACCUCAACUCACGCAAGAAAAGUUUCAAUAUUUGAGAGCAUUGGGCGAGCGGAUUUAUCGCACUGGAGACCUAGUGCGCCUUCUCUUUGAUGGCAGCUUUUGCUUUCUUGGGCGAAUUGAUGACCAGGUCAAACUCCGUGGCCAACGGCUUGAAAUUAGGGAGAUUAACCAAGUUAUUUCCAGUGCUGCAGAGGAAGUGGAGGAAGUCGUUACAAUGGUUCUAAAACACCCAAGUCAGUCUAGAGAGCAGCUUGUGUCAUUCUUCACCACAAAUACGUCGAGAGGGCCAGAUAAAUUGACCGCACGAAUCGACUUCGAUCCUCUAAUGAAUAAAAUUCUAUCGGUAGUCAAUCAAGUAUGCCAUAAAAUGCUCCCAGGUUAUAUGGUUCCGACGCAUAUUCUUCCUGUUACCGCUUUCCCCUUAAAUGCAAAUAAUAAAAUAGACCAGAGACAUCUUAAAGGAAUCUAUGAGGAUAUGACAUUGGAGGAGAUGCAACACCUAUCUUCGCAGACUCGAAACCAUUCCCAGACACUCUCGAAGGACGUAUAUACAAUAAUGGGUCUGAUAUCUAAAAUUACUGGAAUAGAGAUCUCCGGGAUCUCACCGUGGUCAAGCAUAUUUGAACUUGGAUUAGAUUCCAUUUCCGCCAUCUCAUUUUCCAGACUUUUGAGAGAUUCGGGAUUUAAGGAAGCUCAACCGUCUUUGUUAAUGAAAAAUUCUACGAUCGUGGCACUCACUGAUGCAUUGAAACGAACCACGGCCGGUGACAUUACCAAAAAGGCGUUGUAUCGAAAAACUAGACAACGGAUUACAGCAUUCGCCCAUAGGAAUCUUGCGCUAGUUGCCCGCGAACUGGGGAUUCCAUUAGCAUCCAUCGAAGGAGUGGCUCCUUGUACGCCGCUACAAGAGGGUAUGAUAUAUCGAUUUAUAGAAACCCAGAGGCCGGUCUACUUUACAAACUUCAAUUUCGAAUUGGCGCCGGCCGUUGAGGUUGAUCGCCUCAAACAUGCGUGGCUUAAAGCUCAACGUACUGUACAAAUACUCCGAACGAAGUUUGCAUUAACGGCUGGCCACUAUUCCCAGGCUGUUCUCAAAGAAGAUGAUUUUCCGUGGUUUGAAUUAACCGCUGUCGAUGAUAUUGAAGUUGAAAAAGUUGCCAACGGCCGAUACAAGGAAUGGCGCGAUCAGCCCGCAAACCUCACUGGGAGAGUUUGGGAAGCUGGUGUCAUCAUAGGGCCAGGGAGGAGGUGGAUGUCGUUGAACAUUUUCCAUGGAUUAUACGAUGGGAACUCUUUGCCCCUUCUAUUAAAUAUCGUAUCACAAGCAUAUGAUGACCGAACGAGCGCUCCAGAGACGCCACCAUAUCUUGAAUGCCUGGCUCAGGGCCCGUUAUGCAAGCUACCAAAAGCAAAAGAGUUUUGGCUUCAACAUCUUAAGGGUCCUCCAAAACCCCUACUAUUUAUAAGCGGCACACAUGGAGAUGGCCCAUUGGUUGCAACACUAGAAAUCGGAGGAUUAACCCAACUUGAGACUUUAAGACGAAAGCUCGAUGUACUAGAGCAAUCCGUAUUCUUAGCUUGCUGGCUUCGCGUCCUUGAAGCCCAUCUCAAGCUCAUUCCGACAGUGGGCGUCAUUGUGUCAGGCAGGGCGCUCGAUUUUAAAGAAACCCAGGAUAUCAUUGGACCACUGUUCAAUACCCUUCCCUGUAAUAUACCAUGUUCCAAUAUCUCCUCCAUGGCUGAUUUGGUGAAAUCAUGCCAUGAAUAUUAUGUCUCCACGCUCCAAUAUCAACAUACUUCGAUCAGAGAUAUUAUGAAAUGGAUGCAGCGAAAAUCUGGAACACCCCUCUUCGACAAUCUUUUUGUGUUUCAACGGGAACCCGCCGAUAAAGGUGGCUCGGCACACUCACUGUGGUCAUCGAUAACUUCGCAGGCUGAACCUGACUAUCCAGUGGCUCUUGAGGUGCAACGGAACCAGAAUGGCUCUCUGACGGUAACUCUUGUCACACAAACUGAUAUUCUUACGCCUGAAACUACACAACAGUUAACGUUGCAAUUCCGUGACAUACUAGCUAACUUCCUGGAUAAUCCGUCCAGCAAGCUCCAGCUUGCGGCACAUGAAUCGAGGGACUCCAAAAUGGUAACUCGUUCUGGUGCUGACAAUACUGAACCUCCUAUCAACGAGUCCCUCUCCAGUGGCUCGUUCCAUCCUUUUGAGUGGACGGCUAUGGCAUCUCGGCUUCGUGAAGAGAUUGCCUCUCUUGCCAAUGUUGAAGCCCUCACAAUUCAGGAAUCCACUUCGAUUUUCGAAGUUGGUUUAGAUAGUAUUGACGCCAUACAACUGUCUUCCCGCCUGGCAAACGCUGGCAUCAGAGUAACAGUUACUGCGAUUAUGCGUGGCCAAACCAUUAAGAGCAUUGUGCGUAACAUGGAAUUAGACGAGCUGAACGGAGUGGUCAAACCACAGACGUCGAUAGAAGCUCUGGAACUCGAACUUUGGAAUUACUUUGAAAAUGACGGAUAUGAUCUAACUGGAAUCGAACACAUCUGGCCAGCUACUCCUCUUCAAGAAGCGAUGGUCGCUGAAAUGGUCUCCUCUAGCUUCAAUCGCUACUUUAAUCAUGACAUACUCGAGAUUAAGGACGAUGUGGACAUCGAUAAGCUCAAAGGGGCCUGGCAGCAGGUUGUUGAUGCCAAUGCUAUCUUUCGAACCUCGUUCAUUGAGGUCUCUGACCAUAGCUUCCCAUCUACCUACGCGCAAUUUGUCUAUGCUCCUGGGGUACCAAUUGACUGGAGAGUGAUCAACACGAACGGUAGAUCCAUUGAUACUAUAUUAAAAGACGAGAAGCAAAAAGCGGCUGCUACCUUUGGCACGAGACAGCCGCUAUUCAAGAUCCAACUAUUAGUCUCGGAAAUCUCAGGACGAGAAAGGCGCUUGAUCCUUUCAAUGCCCCAUGCGAUGUACGAUGGCUGGUCAUUAGAUCUUCUCAAUGAGGAUAUAGCGACUUGUUACUCUGGUCGACCCCUCAAUAUCAGAGGAUCGUGUGACAAAGCCCUAGGCCACAUUCUGAACUCGACUAGUGAACUGGGCUUGCAAUUCUGGAGAGGAGCUCUCAGUGGAGCUUGUCUGACUGCAUUCCCGAAGCAGAUAGAUGCGGGAGGUGAUUAUUCAAAGGUUCAUCGCAUGGAGAAGGUUCUAGAUAUUCCUCGCGUAGAAGUCAGUUCUUUUUGCAAAAGCCAGGGUGUCACCCUUCAAAAUCUCGGGUUAACCUGCUGGGCGCUCGUUCUCGCUGGCUAUUUGGGAAGGCUCGAUGUCGUUUUCGGUACUAUGUUAGCGGGAAGAGAUAUCCCAGAUGCGAAUGCGGAACAAAUAAUGUUCCCGCUGAUGAAUUCAGUGGCUGUCCGCAUUAUCUUGCACGGGAGCCGGGCAGACAUGCUAAAAUAUGCCCAGGAAACAAUGGGCCCUAUUUCUGAGCAUCAGCACAUCCCACUUCGAAUUGCCAAGCAAGUGUCGGGCUUCGGGGGGAAGAAUUUGUUUGAUACCAUUUCAUUUUUCAGAAGAGACCGCCUCGAGACAGAAGUUUGCAAGAGCGACUAUAUGAGUCCGUUGGUGGCUUCUCUGAUGUUGAGUACCCAGUGUGUGUUGAAAUGGAAGCACUUGAUAAUUCCAUAGCGUGGCGAGUUGCUUGUAAGGACACGGUGCUAGGGGAGCCAGAUGUAUUCAGGCUUCUAGACAGGGUCAACUUUGUAUUCGACAACAUUAUCAGGCAGCCUGAUAGUGAGACAAUCGACUUCAACGACGAUGGCAUAUCGAUCUGCCAAUGUCCUGUAUUCCAAGAGCAGGAUAACGAUGAAGACAACAGGCCUCUUGACGAUGCUGCGCGAACAGACGUGCCAUUUUCUCCGCUAGAAAAUGAGAUUAGAGCUGUCUUGUCUUCUUUUUCUAGUGUCCCGGCAGAAGAAAUUGGCAGAGAUACAACGCUUUUCCAUAUUGGCUUGGACAGUAUCAGUGCCAUUAAAGUGGCAGCCCUGUUGAAAAAGAAAGGCAUCAUACUUUCCGUAAGCGAUAUGCUGAGAGCUGGUACCGUUCCUAACAUGGCUCAAUUCGCAAUGUCAAAGCAAGACGAAGCCCUCAUGCAAGACCACGCCAAAAUACUAGCGAAGUUAUUGGAAGAAGUGGAUACGAAAACACUUCUACACUCACAUGGGAUUAAUGCACAGGAUAUCGAGAAAGUUAUUCCCGCCACCUCUGGACAGAUAUAUAUGCUGAACGUCUAUGAGAAUUCUAAUAGGCAACUUUUCUAUCCCUGCUUCUUCUACCAGGUAGAAAAUGUGGCUGUAUCAAAGGAAACCAUCUCAGCAGCCUGGACGUCUUUAAUUAGCGAACUUCCAAUCUUGCGCACGCAAUUUAUAGCAACAGGGGAACGGACUCUGCCCUAUAUCCAGGUGGUUCAUAAGCAUGUGGACAACACCAUCAUAUGGCAGCAAGAUCUGAAAGCCCAAAACAGUGCUAUCAUGGAAGCACGACCUGGCCAACGAGUACCAGUGACAUUACAUGCCUCACAGCAACUAGGUAAAACGAUAUUGAUGCUUCAUAUCCAUCAUGCCCUGUACGAUGCUGUUAGUCUACCUCGAAUGAUGAAUAUGCUUGCAGAACUCUGCGCCAGCCCGAAACACAGAGCCAAACCCCGGAUUGCUUCCAAAGUGGACAUUUCAGAGCUAGUCAUCCACCAGGAUAUAAACUCCAGCCCACAUGAACGACAAAGCUUUUGGACGAACUACCUUGCCCCUUUCGUCAAUUCCGAACAGCAAAAACAAAAAGACCCGCCCUCUCCCAAAAUCAAGCACUCGAUCAACGUAGAUAUGGUGCAAACCUACCGCCAAUCACUUGUGAAAGACAUUGACAAACUAGAGAAACUCGGACGGUUGUACGGCGUCAAUGUGCAGACCAUAUUUUUGGCAAUUUAUGCCAAAAUCCACUGGUCAAAAAUCAAGAAUAGAGUUGAUACUGGGAACGCAGACGGCUCCAGCAACCUCAUCAUCGGCAUCUACCUCGCAAACCGCUCCCACUCCCUGGACGGCCUACCCGAACUAAUCGCACCUACCCUAAACAUAGUUCCCCUGCGCAUUGCCCUCCAGCAAGAUGCAAAUGGCCAACAACAGUCCAUCUUUGACCUCGCACGAAGGAUCCAGGGGGACCUGCAUGAAGUAAGCCGCGUGGAGCAUUCGUCCGUGUCCUUGAUUAAUAUUGCGGACUGGACUGGGGUGAAGCUGGAUGCCUUUGUGAAUUUUAUUAAGUUGCCGGAUACAAUGAACGGAGUUGAUGGAGGUGAUGGCGGUGGUUCUGCAGAGCUUGCAGCAGAGGAGGUAGUUCGGAUUGUUCCGUUGGAAGAAAGGGGAGCAGUUAACGUUGACUCCAACAGCGGUGCUAAUACCUUACUGAAUAAUGGCCUUGGAGAAAGAUCGGAUUCCAACCGAACAGUACCGGAAUCAGCCUCGAAUGACACAUAUGCAGAUAUUUUUAUGCCCGGGAUUGACGUGGAAGCCGCAAUACGAGAUAACGGGCUCGAUGUGGGGAUAUUUAGCCGCGACGGCCGGAUCUGCGAGACUGAAGCUGACUCCAUACUUGAUGAGCUACGAUGCGAUAUAGUUGAUAUCAUGCUGGUUGAGGAAAAGGGCCAUGCGAUGGCGAAUUAAAUUCUGUAAAUUCUGGGACAGUUAAUUUCCAUUAUUAUUUUCUAUGCUAUUGUUUUGUAUUUACUUUUGAUGUUUAUUGUUAUUAUUUGUCUCAUAUUUUGUUUGGUUGAAAGUACAGUAACUACUAGUUUAGAAAAACAUGUUCAGCAAAGAAGUUUCGUUACACUUUGUUAUUGGUUCUCUUUGAUGAUGACAAUGAUGAUGGCGUGCCAUGCUCCGUAUACCAAUGUUCAAUAGCCACAGCAAAAUGCAUGCACUGCAAGUAAGGCAUUCUUCCAGGUAUUCCAGUCAAGACUAAAUAUAGAAAUGCGGGUAAGAACCUUCAUCUGUAACCAUUCCUGCGUGCUUCAAAUGCAGCUAAUGUAGGGAUCAAAUGCACCUACCUGCAAGAGCCCACCAGAAGCCUCUGAAUUCCUUUUUUUUUUUUUUUUUUUUUUUUUUUUUUUUUCAUCAACGCUCUGUAUCUUCAUCAACGCUCUGUGGAACAGAACAGACAAAGCAACUCCCAGGUGUGUGCGCGCGUGUAAGUUACACAUUAUUGUCAUUGUUUUUGGAAUAAAGAGAGGUUAAAAAAUAUUAAAAAAAAAAAAAAAAAAAAA